AUGAGAAUGCCAGCGUGAAGGGAGAAUUGCAAACCUUGAACGGUGACCUAAACUGUACCAAACAAAGCCUUCUUGCCUCCCAGAUUGAGAAUGGAAAACUUAGGAAAGAUUUAGAGAAAUCCAUGCGAUUACAAGCUAUAAUUUGCCAAAAGUAUGAAGCUCUCAUUCUUGAAAAUUUUUAACGGUCCUGAAGAAGUUGGGAGAGGCAGGUGGACUUGUAGAAACGUACAAAGUCGAAGGUGAAGGAUUGAAAUAUGAGAUAUCAAUCUGAAAACAUGCAAAUAGAGUUUUAAAGCAGGUACUGGAAGCUGUGGUACUGCCAGUGGAUGAUCUAAAUCGGAAACUAAUAUCCAAAAAUGAACAAAAAGGCUCCUUAGGCUCUGAAAAUGCUACAUUAUUAGAUAAGAUUGAGCUGGCAGAUAAAAUUGCUAGGGAUCUCAGAGCUGAAUCUGACCUGUACUUGAAAAUAGCAAAUGAAAGGUCAGCUGAGAAUGCAAAGCUGGUGGCAGAGAAUGAAAAUCUGGAGGCUGAAAAGGAAGCAGCUACUAAACAGAUGGUCGAUCUGGUCAAGAGAUGUUUAACGUUUGAGGAAGAUGCCAACACCCUGAAGUCUGAAAUGCAAGGGAUCACAUUGAAGAUGGAAGUGCACGAGAAACACCCAUCGAAAAACUGAUGACAGAAUGUGUAACUCUUGAAAGAUGAAAAAUCAAGACUACUGGGCGAAAAUUAAGGCUUGAACUCGCAGACGAGACCCAUCGGUGAUGAGAGAGCGUCAUUUUCUUUGGAGCACGAUGAGGCUGUCAAUAAGUUAAAAAAGAUUCAAGAGAACGCGGACAUAGUGUCAAAAGAGUUAGAAAUAUCAAAUAUUGAGAAGACUGAGCUGCAGGUUAAGUAUGAUGGCCUCAAUACGGAAUUAGAAGGCCGCCGCUACCUGUGAAGUGUCCGACCUGAGGAAGAUAAUACGAGCAUUACGAGAAGACAAGUCGGCAGCUUCCAUAGAAAAUUCCGUCCUUUUGAGCAGGACACUAGCAUUUGAGAAUGAGAUGCAUGAGUUAAAGGCCGAUAAAGAACGCCUCGAAAGUGAUAAUUCUGUCUUAAAGGAGAAAAUUGAUGAUCCUGCUCACAAACUAGAAUCUGUCGAAGAAGCAAAAAACAUGCUGGAAUCAGAGAAAGCAUCGGCACUAACCAAACUCGGGGAAUCAGAAAGCAGCCUAAAAAGGAUUAUAGAUGAAGCAGAACAACUGAGGAAGGAGAUUCGUGUAUUUCAUAAGGAUCAGCUUGACUCACAAGUUAAGCUGUCUGAUCUUGAAAAGCAGUUUCAGGACAAAGAGGCCGACUUCUUAUCUCUUGAGCAGAAGCUUGAAGAAGCGAUAGCUGAGAUAUAGACUUCGACAACUUACGCAAGCAACCUGCAAUAGCAGUUGAUACAGCGUUUAUCCAGAUCAACGAGUUAAAAGAACCGGUGAAGACUAUGACUAAUGAGGCUACGGAGAAGCAAAGUCUCGCAGAGAAGUUGGAAAGUGAACUCACAGGCAAAGUCCUCACGCAGGAGAUGAUGUUGCAAGAGCAGAAGGUUUGUCUCGAUGAGUUGUCUGCAAACUAUAAGUUUCUUGGGAGUUAACUCCUAGAGUCUUCCAGCGAUCUCGAGGUUUCACAAGGGAGGAUUGUCGAGCUAGAGAAAAGGAGAUAA